GGCCCGGGAGGCCCAGUGAGUACGCGGAGGCGGGCCCGCCUCGCGGGUGUCCGUUCCGGCACCCCGGAGGCGUAGGCAGCGGCUCGACAGCGCUCCCCUCGGCGCCCCGGCCUCGGGUGGCGGGGACUCGGCCUGAGGCGACGGGCCCCACUGGCCGGAGCCGCUGGGCAGAGGGCACGGGAGGGCCGCAUCGCGGAAAGGGCCGCGGCCCGACGCUCGGCGCAAGGCUCGGGGCGGCGGAGAGGGACUUGCACCCGACUCCCAGGCCGGCGGCCGCUGAGCCUCCCGAGACCCCGUGGGGGCCGCUCGAGUGACAGGUUUUGAAGCCGCUUCUCUGCCCGAGUUAGGUUUCGCCUAGCGCAAUUUCUUUCUCUGUGUACUUUGCGAAUAAGUUUCGGAGCAUCGGUUAACAGCCUAUGGGUGAAAUUUGGCUUUCAUUCAUGAAUGAGAAAUUAUUCUUGACAGAAGUAUUUUGAAAGAAAAAUCUUUACGAUGGCCUCAGCAGUACUUAGUUCUGUUCCCACCACCGCUUCUCGUUUUGCCCUGUUACAAGUGGAUAGUGGCAGUGGCUCUGAUUCUGAACCUGGAAAAGGUAAAGGUCGAAAUACUGGAAAGUCUCAAACUUUAGGAAGCAAGUCAACUACAAAUGGGAAAAAAAGAGAGAAAAGAAGAAAAAAGAAGGAACAGCAACAGAGUGAAGCAAAUGAGCUCAGGAAUCUUGCUUUUAAGAAAAUUCCCCAGAAAUCCUCCCAUGCUGUUUGUAAUGCUCAACAUGAUCUUCCAUUGUCAAACCCAGUACAGAAGGAUUCACGAGAAGAAAAUUGGCAAGAGUGGAGACAAAGAGAUGAGCAGCUGACAUCUGAAAUGUUUGAAGCAGAUCUUGAGAAGGCAUUGUUACUAAGUAAACUAGAAUAUGAAGAACACAAAAAGGAGUAUGAAAAUGCUGAAAAUACUUCAACUCAGUCCAAAGUUAUGAAUAAAAAAGAUAAAAGAAAGAAUCAUCAGGGAAAAGACAAACCUCUCACGGUAUCACUAAAAGAUUUUCAUUCGGAAGAUCACAUUAGUAAAAAGACUGAGGAAUUGAGUUCUUCUCAGACUUUAUCACAUGAUGGAGGAUUCUUCAAUAGACUGGAAGAUGAUGUUCAUAAAAUUCUUAUUAGAGAAAAACGAAGAGAACAGCUUACAGAAUAUAAUGGAACAGAUAAUUGUACAGCUCAUGAACACAACCAGGAAGUGGUUCUGAAAGAUGGAAGAAUUGAAAGAUUAAAGUUAGAGCUUGAAAGGAAAGAUGCUGAAAUCCAGAAGCUGAAAAAUGUAAUCACUCAAUGGGAGGCAAAGUAUAAGGAAGUAAAGGCAAGAAAUGCACAAUUAUUGAAAAUGCUUCAGGAAGGUGAAAUGAAAGAUAAGGCAGAAAUACUUCUGCAAGUUGAUGAAUCGCAAAGUAUCAAGAAUGAGCUCACUAUUCAGGUGACUUCACUUCAUGCUGCAUUAGAACAAGAAAGAUCUAAAGUGAAAGUAUUACAAGCAGAAUUAGCCAAAUACCAGGGUGGCAGAAAAGGGAAAAGAAACUCUGAAUCCGACCAGUGUAGGUGAUUACAUUAGCCUUUGAAGUCAACACAAAGUUUAAAACUUUCAGGAUUUUGCAAAGUUGUGUAUAUUUAAUGCUGUGCAACUGCUAAACUAUGCAGUUUUCGUUGAAGGAACUAAAAGCAACUAGCUCCCUAAUGGUCUAUAAUUUUAUUUCUUUUGGCUUAAAGUGAAAAAGAAGAAAUAGAGAAUUCCAGCAGAAUUCAGUGGUUGUCUCCUAUCGAUACUUCUUAUCACUUUAGUUUUUCAUCAGUCAAUAAAAUUAAUUUACUCUUCCACUAA